AUGGCUCCUUCGGCGACGCGGACCGAUUGGGACCACGAAUAUAAUCUCCUAAGAAGAGAAAACCUAUUUCGAAACCCCCCCAAAGAUCACACCGCAUAUCCUGCUCUCCAAUUGGCAGUCGAUCCUCACAUCGAGUCCUUCAACUGUUUAUUUCGAGACGAUGGCAAGCCCAGCCUGCUCGACCACGCCAUGGCCGAUAUUGGCACCAAAACUUUUUUCGACGGCGACGAGCGCAAGGGACCCGAGGGCAAGAAUAAGCUCAACGUUCGCAUAAGAAACGUGAUGCUGCACCGACCUCAAGUUCCACCCUCCAACAAGAUGGCCAAGAACCGUGAAAUCUUCCCUGCCGAGUGCAGAGAACGACAUGUCACAUACCGAGGACGUCUCUCGGCUACUUUUGAAUAUAACAUUAAUGGCGGAGACUCUCAUGAAUUUGUUCGUGACCUCGGUCAGAUUCCCAUUAUGCUCAAGUCGAACCGCUGUCACCUCGAAAACAAUUCGCCGGCACUACUCGUCCAACGCAAAGAAGAAUCUGAAGAGCUGGGUGGGUAUUUCGUUGUCAACGGCAUUGAAAAGAUUAUUCGCAUGCUCCAGCUCAACAAGCGCAACUUCCCCAUGGCCAUCAAUCGACCCAGUUUCCAGAAUCGUGGCCCUGGCUACUCGCCAUACGGUAUCAUUAUUCGCUCCGUCCGCCCCGACGAAACCUCACAAACCAACGUAUUGCACUACCUUAACGACGGUAAUGUUACGUUUCGUUUCUCAUGGCGAAAGAACGAAUACCUCGUGCCCGUCAUCAUGAUUAUGAAGGCUCUCGUCGAGACCAACGAUCGCGAAAUCUUCGAAGGCCUCAUCGGCCCCAUGGGUAGCAAGGCGACCGGAAAUACUUUCUUGACCGACCGUGUCGAGCUGCUUCUGCGCACAUACAAGUCUUAUGGCCUCUACAGCAAGUCAGAGACGCGAGCCUACCUCGGUCAAAAAUUCCGAGUUGUUCUCGGCGUUCCAGAAACCAUGUCCGACUACGAUGUUGGCACCGAGUUUCUGCGCAGAAUCGCCCUGGUACACCUUGGCAACGUCAAAGUUACUGAGAAGCAGGAUGAUGAUAAGUUCAAAAUGCUACUCUUCAUGGUCCGCAAGCUCUAUGCCCUCGUCGCCGGCGAAUGCGCGGUCGAUAACCCCGAUGCGAUUCAAAACCAGGAAAUUCUUCUUGGCGGGUUCUUGUAUGGUCAAAUUCUCAAGGAGAGACUGGAUGAGUUCCUUGGGGUCGGUGUUCGUCUGUCACUACGAGAAUACUUUCGCCGACACCCCAGCGUUACGUUUCACUCUGAAGAAUUCCGCAAGGAGUUUCCCACAGCCAUCUUCCGCAAGGCCAACGAAAAUUUGGGUACCUCGAUCGAGUACUUCCUUUCCACGGGUAACCUGGUUAGUCCUUCUGGUUUGGACCUUCAGCAGGUCGCCGGUUUCACCGUCGUUGCCGAAAAGCUUAAUUUUCUUCGUUUCAUUGCCCAUUUCCGCAUGGUGCAUCGUGGCGCCUUUUUUGCACAGCUCAAGACCACGACAGUCCGAAAGCUUCUUCCUGAAUCGUGGGGCUUCAUGUGUCCUGUCCACACUCCCGAUGGUGCACCUUGUGGUCUUCUCAAUCAUUUGGCGCACAAGUGCAAAAUCAUGACAGAUCACAUUGAUGUUUCCAAGGUCCCUGGCCUUGUCGCCGAGCUUGGUGCUGUCGAUACUUCUACUGCCUCCACAGCGGAGAGCGUCGUCAUUAUGCUUGACGGCAAGGUCCUUGGCUGGUGCAAGCCCAAGGAGUCUCUGCGCAUGGCUGAUUGUCUCCGCCACUGGAAGGUCGAGGGGAACCGUGGUGUGCCUCUGCACCUCGAAAUUGGAUACGUUCCCCCAUCCACUGGUGGUUCGUACCCUGGUAUCUACAUGACCUCAACACCCUCUCGCAUGAUCCGCCCUGUCAAGUACUUGCCUCUACAAAAAGAGGACAUGGUCGGUCCCUACGAGCAGCCGUACAUGUCUAUUGCUGUCGUACCCGAGGAAAUCGAAUCUGGUCUAUCGACCCACGUCGAGUUUGAUCCCACAAACAUUCUCUCCAUAUUGGCAAACAUGACUCCCUUCUCCGACUUUAACCAGUCUCCGCGUAACAUGUAUCAGUGCCAGAUGGGUAAGCAAACCAUGGGUACCCCUGGUACAGCCCUGGUACACCGUACAGACAACAAGUCGUACCGCCUGCAGACCGGCCAGACGCCCAUUGUCCGUGCUCCUCUGCACAAUGCCUAUGGCUUUGACAACUUUCCCAACGGAACCAACGUUAUCGUCGCCGUUAUUUCGUACACCGGCUACGACAUGGACGACGCCAUGAUUAUAAACAAGUCGGCACACGAGAGAGGAUUUGGACAUGGAACUGUAUACAAGACAAAGAAGAUCUCGCUCAAGGAUGACUCAAGAACAAGGGCAAGUAAGAGUGUCACCAAAGCUUUCGGUUUCGCCCCUCACAGCUACGUCAGCGCGUCGUACCAGGGGAUGCUGGAUGAUGAUGGCUUGCCGCACGUCGGCCGUCUGGUUCAGGAGGGCGAUGUUAUCUGCGCCUGGCACACGGUGACGCCCGACUACCGUGGUGACCUCGUCAAUCUGGAUGGCAUCACUCAUUACGAGAAGUACAAGGACGGCGAGACUGGUUUCGUCGAGGAAGUUCGAUUGAUUGGUGCCGACUCCGGCUCCGAGCUUCUCCAGACCAUCUCAAUCAAGUUCCGCAUUCCUCGUGCGCCUCUUAUUGGCGAUAAAUUCUCGUCUCGUCACGGCCAAAAGGGUGUCUGCUCGCAAAAGUGGCCAGCUAUUGACAUGCCGUUUUCUGAAUCUGGCAUGCAGCCUGAUGUCAUCAUCAACCCCCACGCCUUCCCGUCUCGAAUGACCAUUGGCAUGUUUGUCGAGUCUCUGGCAGGCAAGGCUGGUGCUCUGCACGGCCUUGCACAAGACUCGACGCCCUUCAAGUUUAGUGAGCAGCAUACGGCGGGCGACUACUUUGGCCACCAGCUGAUGAAGGCGGGCUACAACUAUCACGGCAACGAACCCAUGUACUCGGGCAUUACGGGCGAGGAGCUCGCUGCGGAUAUCUACAUUGGUGUCGUCUACUACCAGCGUCUGCGUCACAUGGUCAACGACAAGUUCCAAGUGCGUACGACGGGUCCCAUUGUGCCGACGACCGGCCAGCCCAUCAAGGGUCGUAAGCGUGGUGGCGGUAUCCGUGUAGGCGAAAUGGAACGUGAUGCGCUGCUGGCGCACGGCACGGCAUUCUUGCUGCAAGAUCGCCUGCUCAACUGCUCCGAUUACACAAAGUCGUGGAUCUGCCGCCGCUGCGGCUCCUUCUUGUCGGUGCAGCCGACAGUGUCGCAGUUCGCGCCGUCGAGGAAAAAGGCCCCGAGCGUGGUGCGCUGCCGCCACUGCGCCGUCAGGCUCGACGACGACGGCAUCGAUCUGACGGAGAUUCAGGGCGAGAUAUGGGAGGACGGCCAAGGCCGUUCGUGGGUCGGUGGCGACCAAACCACACAGGUCGUUGUGCCGGGUGCCCUCAAGUACCUCGACGUCGAGCUGGCCGCCAUGGGCGUCAAGCUCAAAUACAGAAUCAACCAGGACGAUGAGCCACGAAAGGGCGCACUAAAGCCGCUGCCGCUGACGGCGAUCAAGGCGUAA